AAGCAAAAAAACAUUCUAAAAACAAAAAAAAAGGUAGGUCGAUCAUGGGCGGAGCCACCACCAGAAUUCCGAUGAGCCACCGUGUCUUGUCACCAAGUGACAAUUACAGCGGUGGCGAUAACCCGAAUGAUCAACCAGUUGUGCAAUUAUCCGGUUCGAUAUUCGGGUUCCUAGAGGACGAUACAACACCGUUAUCGUCCCCAGAAACCGACAAGUUUCAUGAAAUUGAAGAUGAAGAAGAAGAGGAUGAGAACGAAAAGAGCGAAAGAACCGAAGACAUGAUUAAAUUUUGGGAAACUCAACAUCAGAAUUUACAUGCAACAUUGUUUAGAACGACGUCGUUAGAGUCAAAGAUUAGAACUAGAACGAAAGAAGUACUUGCGGAACUAGAUAUGGCCGAUAAUGUAUGUUCUUGCUCGAGACGCAUUUCCGGCGGAUGCCGGACCUGCCGAAUGAGAGAAAUCUGCCGGCAGUUACAAAAUUCCGGUUACAAUUCCGCCAUUUGCAAGUCUAAAUGGAAGAACUCGUCGGAUCUCCCAUCAGGUGAACACACUUAUAUCGAUGUUAUCGACAACUCGAACCGCAAAAAAGGCGACGCGCGAGUGAUCAUCGAGUUGGAGUUUCGUGGUCAGUUCGAAAUGAAGAAAGGAAGUGAGGAAUACAACGGUCUUGUAUCGAAGCUGCCCGAGGUGUUCAUAGGAAAAGUUGAGAGGUUGUUGGCCGUGAUCAAAAUUGUAAGUAAUGCGGCGAAACGAUGCAUGAAGGAGAAGAAGAUGCAUUUGGGACCGUGGAGGAAGCAACGGUACAUGGAGGCUAAGUGGCUUAGAGUGGUGGAACGCACAACUUCUAUGCCUAUGAUCGAACCAUUGGCGGUUGAGCGCGACCCGACACGCGUGGUUAGGACUAGGGCCCGGGCGUCGAUGCUGACUAUGGAUCUACACGACAAUUUGCCGAAGAUGUCGACCUAUAUGAUCCCUGUUGUUGAAGUGUUGUGAGGUGGUUUAUAUAACUUUUUUAAGUUAUUGUAGAUAAACUGUGGAAAAGUUGAGUUACCUACUUAGUUCGUGAUGAAUAUAUGAGAAUAUUUUGUGAAAUAUUUUUAUAAAUUUGUGAAUGCGCUAAUACCAUCUCCAACGCAUUGGGAAAUGUGUCCGACCGUGCUACACGCUGAUUGUCCCAACUUCUCCUCUCUUCCGGUAGAACUUGCUAUCUCUCCUCCCCUCGCGCAUUGCCCUUCCUUUAUGAUGGACUAGGUUAUAUACCCGUGAGUUUCACGGGUUAUGGGUUGUGUUUAAAAAUCUAUAUUUAUAAAAUAAUAACUUCACAUAGUAUGACACAUGUUUGACAGACCUGACCCACACAUGUUUGACGGGUUAUGAGUUGUGUUAAAAAAAUCUAUAUCUAUAAAAUGAAUUAAUUUAGUUUUAUCA